CAACCCCCUCCCUUUCCCAGCCAGAAGGGAAAGUGACUGUUGCUACUGGUGCCUCUCCUCUCUCGGAGCCAUGGCCGCUCAGUGUGAUUCCCUGGCCGGAUACCUGCUGCAAGCUCAGCCGCUGCCAGAGCCCGGAGCCACCGACCCCGGCUCCAACAGCGAGAGAAGUACCGACUCCCCGCUAGCCGCCUCUGAGGACGAUAGCCAGACCCUCCCGCACUCCACUGACCCGGACUGGCUAGAGGAGAGGUUCAGGGUGGACCGUAAGAAGCUGGAGGCGAUGCUACAAGCUGCUGCUGAAGGGAAAGGCAAAAGUGGUGAAGACUUCUUCCAGAAGAUUAUGGAGGAAACAAACACACAAAUAGCCUGGCCGUCAAAACUGAAGAUUGGAGCAAAGUCGAAGAAAGCAGAUUAAGACAAUCUACAGAGUGGAUGGGAAACUGGUCACCAACCUGUCCUCCAGCCAACAGUAAAGCCACUCCAAUGUGCAGGUGACCCUCGUGUGCAUCCUCACUCAGAAACUGAGCUCUGGGUCGUGUGUCAGCUCCUACUUUUCCAAGAUGGAAAGUGAAGUGCUCUUCCACCAGCUCCCGCAACACAGCACCACAUCCUUCAUCAAAAUAGGACCAACUGCAAGAUCCUGGAAACAGGAAAUCAUUUUCCAAAGCUGCUCUUCUCAACAGAUGAUGAAACUCAGCACUGCCUCCUACCUGUCUGAGCUGCCUUUAUCAAAUGGAGAGGAAGAAUAUUUGAA